GCAUUACCGAGCAAGAUGGCGCUCUCGCUGUCAGCACCUCGGAUAGCUCCGGCAGCUCUGACAGAAAACUGAACGUUUGUCCCGUUUUUAUUUAUUUUGCAGAGGUGUCAUCGUGUGAGAUGUUCGCUGGGAGCUCUCAGGUGAUGUGAACGGCAUCCAGGUGUCGGCAAAGUGAGCAGCCAAAAAAGAAAGAAGAAAAGGAAAGGAGAGCCACAAUCCACAAAUCAAGAUCAAGUUAACAGGACUUUUGCAGAGGUGGAUGAAAAACUAGAUUUUGGAGGUCAGGAGAAUUAUUAUUAUUAUUAUUUUAAAAGACCUCAGAUUGUGGUGACUUUAUAUUGAAGGAGGACUGCGUCUCUGUCCGCAUCUGUCUUAAAUCACACCGGUAAGAGGAGGAAUGGAGGGGCGCGUUGCGAAAUGGCAUGGGUCCGCUUCGGAAGGGAGAAAUGAAGCCAUGCUCGAGAAAUAGUGUCGCUUAAUUUGCUUUCCUCCGAGCCCUGCAGUUGCUUUCUCUUUCGGUUAUUGCCACACCGGCUGUGAAGAUGCUGGCUCUCCUGAUGAUGAUGAUGUCUUCAGGGUUUUUCAGCCCCGGCUUUGCUCUCAGCUCUCAUUUCAGCUCAGAUGGCGCUCCACUGAGUGAGCUGUCCUGGUCGUCGUCCCUGGCUGUGGUGGCCGUCUCGUUCUCGGGUCUCUUCACCUUCGUCUUCCUCAUGCUGGCCUGCCUCUGCUGCAAGAAGGGCAAGAUCGGCUUCAAGGAAUUCAAGAAUGUGGACGGGGAGGAGUACCAUGCAGACAUGUCCACCUUGGCCUCGCCGGCCUCCCAGGGCAGUCCUGACGUCUACAUCCUGCCGCUCACUGAGGUGUCCCUGCCAGUCGCCAAGCAACCAGCUCGAUCAGUCCAACUCCUGAAGUCGACAGAUCUCAGCCGCCACAGUCUUCUCUACCUGAAAGAGAUUGGGAAUGGCUGGUUUGGGAAGGUUCUUCUGGGGGAGGUGAACGCAGGCCUGAACACCACCCAAGUGGUGGUGAAGGAACUCAAAGCCAGUGCCAGCGUGCAGGACCAGAUGCACUUCCUGGAAGAAGCACAGCCUUACCGCGCCCUCCAGCAUCCUGCUCUGCUGCAGUGUCUGGCCCAGUGCACUGAGAUCACUCCCUACCUGCUGGUGCUGGAGUUUUGUCCUCUGGGGGAUGUGAAGGGUUACCUCAGAAGCUGCAGAACCUCUGAAACCAUGACCCCAGAGCCCCUGAUUCUUCAAAGGAUGGCCUGUGACAUUGCCUCGGGCCUCCUGCACCUGCACAAACACAACUUCACGCACAGUGACCUGGCUUUAAGGAACUGCUUGUUGACGGCUGAUGUCUCAGUGAAGAUCGGAGAUUAUGGUCUGGCCCACACAAAGUACAAGGACGAUUACUAUGUGACAUCAGAUCAGAUGUACGUGCCCCUGCGCUGGAUCGCUCCAGAGCUGGUGGACGAGGUGCAUGGAAACCUGCUGGUGGCAGACCAGACCCAACACAGCAACAUCUGGUCUCUUGGUGUGACUAUAUGGGAACUGUUCGAGCUGGGAAACCAGCCCUACAGACACUAUUCUGACAGACAAGUGCUGACCUACGCUGUUAGGGAGCAGCAGCUGCGACUGCCCAAACCACUGCUCAAAGUACCCCUAGCUGAACGCUGGUAUGAGGUGAUGCAGUUCUGCUGGCUGCAGCCUGAUCAGAGGCCAACUGCAGAGGAAGUUCACUUGCUGCUCAGCUACCUAUGUGCCAAGGGGGCCAGCGAGGCCGAAGAGGACUUUGAGAGACGCUGGAACUCCCUGCGUCCCAAUACUGGAUUCAACAGUCAGCGUGGUGCCUCAGCGAUGUCACGAGACCACCCCUCAUCAACCACCUCAUCUUUCCCGCUCUUAGAACCAUUUUCUACUGGUGAUGGCUACCACUCAGAGUCUGGAGAUGACAUACUAACAGUCACUGAAACCAGCCACGGCCUGAACUUUGAGUACAAGUGGGAGCAAGCCAGGGCAGACCAGUCAUACAGAGCCCCAGACACUUCUAGUACCUUAGGUCAGGUAAACCAUCAUUGUCAGGAAGCAUUUUACCCACCUGGAGGCAUUGUGGGAGGCUGUCCCAUGGAAAGCCUGAGCCAUGGAGUUUCUCCUUCCUACUAUCAACCAAAACAUCUACACGCUCCAGGUGUACUUCCUGUCCUCAGUGCCCAUAGCCCCUCAGUAAACAGUGAAUACUACAUUCGCAUUGAGGAACCAGUAGACUGUAACAUUGAUCCAGACUACACCAUGGUCUCAUACAGCCCAGACUACCAGGGCAGCAGUGGGAGCUUCCUGACUGGGAGUGCAGACUCGGGUGAGUGCAUGGCCUGCCCAUCACAGGCUAAAACUAUGGGUCCUUAUUGGUCAGCUGACAUCCAUAAAUCUGACAUGUAUGACUCCAAUGACUCAAGUCCUGCCAUCUCCCUGACAAUGGAACCCCUUUUAGGUCAAGUGUCAGAUAACAGCCCCCUACGACCCUGGGAGUCUAGUCACUAUGUGUCCUAUAAAGAUCGAGAUGGGGGCUAUUAUUUUGACCACUCACCACCUUUGGGAAUAGAUCACUAUCUGCUCGGAGGUGAGCUCUCCAGAGAGCAUCAUCAGGAAAGCUGGGGCUCAAGAAGCCUGCGUCAGGCUUUAGGGGAGUUGGAGAACCCACUAGGGAUAUCCCAUUCUAUAAACAGUCCACCUCAGCAGGCUUACAGAGACACAUACCUGGACACAAGUCAGACGUCCAUUAUAGGAAAGAAUGUCACUGGAGGUUAUUAUGACAUGAUGGGUUCCCUGAGGAAGACUAUGCCCAGCCACACAAGACACAACAGUAACUCUGUCAGUAUAAACAUGGAGACUCAGGGGGCUCUCUUUAUAGGACACAGAGACAGUGACUCAGAAGAGGAAGAUGAGGACAUAUUUGUUGAGAGACACACUUGCAAUACUUGGCCUUCGAAGCACCGCCACAGCAGUGCCGGUCACCAGAGACGGGCAAGCCAUAGUUGCCGACAGGACACCUAUGCCGAUUUCCAUUAUACAAUGCCAAGUACAGACAUCGAGGACUCCUGGCCAGAAGGACACAGCCUGGCCUUCCACUCUCUACCCAAACCCAUCGAUUAUCUUGAGCCACACCAGGUCAAAGAUAAUAGUGCCUGCCUUAGUUUGAGUAAACAUCAUGCUAUGGUGCCCUCGGAAAACUGCAAUGCCUACAUUUACAUGUGCCAUGAAGGUGAGACUCAGGUGCCAACAUCGGGAGAGUGCUGCCACUCGCACUUUGUUGACCCACUCACUGGCUUGCUUGUUCGAAACACAAGCUUUUGUCAGCUCUACAGUCACACUAACUACAGAGAUAAAGUCAUUGACAUGCCAAGCAAUGAAGAGAUGAUCAAUCUAUCACCAGCUCCAGGAGGUCCCAUCGUGGCCAAAUCUGUGGACUGUGGAGAACAGUAUGUCGAUCUUACAACUGAUGAUGUCCAAUCUAAAGAGAAGAGGGAGGACGUUAUUAAGGAAAUCACACAGAAACUGCCAGAGCCUAGAAAAGAAGAGGUGACUCUAACAAUGACAAAAGCCACUCAAGCCACUCCACCUCCUGAUGAUAACACACAUGUGAUGGUGGCGGUGACAGAUCCACAGUCAGAGAUGAGUCACACCAGUGACAGUGGCGUCGACCGUGAAGAUUCCAAUGUAAGCCUUGCUGACAUACUCGACUGCAGUGACGAUGACGAAGAGGAAGACAUCACAGACGAUAUAACUGAUGUUACUUCAGGCAUCUUCGCUGAUGAGUCCAGUGAGCUGAACGCUUCUCCCGCCUUCAAGUUGCUACAAAAGCAGGUAGGAACACCUGAUUCCAUGGAUUCCAUGGAUCUGCCGUCUGCAGCUGGGUCUUGUGAAGGCUCCAGCCCUGCGUCAUCCCGCCCUUCCAGCUCACCUAAAGCUAUGGACAGCGGCUAUGACACGGAGAAUAAUGAGAGCCCCGAGUUUGUUCCCAAAGAACCUCAUGAACCUCGUGAACAACCUUUAGGAAAACCUGCUCUUGAUGCCAGCCUGGAGGAGGAAGAAGUCCUGGAGGAAGAGGGAAUUGAAGCUAAAGUGGUGCCCGCAGAGGGUGAGUCAUCGAUGGGCGAAGAUUUGGCACUAGAAGCAUCACAGGCUGAUGACCAAAUUCUGUUACCCUUGAGCGAUAAGACGCCAUACAGAGACUCUGCCUACUUUUCAGACUAUGAGAAUGAAAAGCAGACUCGGCAUGAGGGAGAGGAACUCCAAAUGGGGAAAACAGAUGAGCAAAACAUUGAAAAAGAACCAAACAUGCUAGAAAAGAAAGCUGCAAAAAGGAAAAAUGAUGGAGAGGAAGAACUAAAGGGUGUUGUAGUGAACAAGGACAUAAAACUUGAAACGAAACAAACAGUAACAGACACAACAGAAUUCUCUCAUUCACCAGAGAUUGAGGAGUACUUGACAGAGGACUGUUGCGAAGAUGAGACUUUAGGACUUCCUCCAGAGCCUUCUGAUACUGAGGGAGGACUGGAUGAAUGGCCAUCACAGGAAGAGAGCUCAUCCUUGGGAGACUGGGCAGCUGAGGUGGUGGGGGCCAUGGAAGAAGCUCUUGGUGCCCUGAAUGGAGAUUGUGCCACCAACAUAAAUUUAGAUAAGGAGGAAGCAGAUGACAUAAAAGACUCUGCUCAAACUUCAGAAACUUCAGAGGAGGCAGCAGCCGAGAUGGUUCAGAACAGGCCAUCAGGCAUAUCCAGUGAAAUGCCACACACCUUACCCAAAGAUGAGGUAGCUUUGCAACACACCUCAAACACCAGACGAUUUUCCUCUUCCUCUCCUCCACCUCCAUCCACCCCACCGCCUCCGCUCCCUGCAACAGAGGGCAGAGCAUCUCCGGCCGACGGGGAGGAGGCCGACGAGGAGGACGGCGAUACCGAUGACAGCGACGAGUCGGACGAGGAGCUGCAAAGCUACAGUAUGCAGGAACAGAGUGGAGGGGAAGAGAGUGAGGAAGAGUGCCACCCAGUGCCUAUUGUGGUGAGCGACAACAGCGAGGCCCAUAAACUGCGAAGCCUGCUCAAGAUGCCAGCAUUGCUCACUGAGGAGAACCUGGAGGAGGAGCUCGAACACAAGAAGAAAACAGUGUCUUUUUUUGACGAUGUUACCGUGUAUCUGUUCGACCAGGAAAGCCCAACUAAAGAGCUCGCCGAACAUGGCUUUCCUUUAGGAGCAGAAGGUUCUCAAACCAAACCCCAAGAAAGGGUUAAUGCCUCAGAUGACUCUUCAGACGGGAACAUUUCGGAGGAGAGUGCGGGUUUUGAGUGGGAAGAUGACUUCCCCCUACUCCCUCUGCCAACAUCCUCAGCCGCAUCUGAAUCCCCUCCACCCCGUUCCAUCACCACAACCCCAGACACUAAACCAGCCGUGCAGUAUUCCCGCUUUACCGUCUCUCCCUCCAGCGUGUCCCGGUUCUCCAUCACUCACAUCUCAGACUCUGAUAUGGAAUCUGCAGGAGGAAGCAGUGAAGAUGGAGACAAAGAAUAAGAAGCUGUGGAUAUUUACUGCCUCUUUGUGACAACAACUCGGCCUGCUAGCAUGACUACUGAUUUCAUUUUUAACGUCAGGUUUUAGAAACACAAGACAGUGCCUCUUACCGCCUGUGGACACUUUCGAAAGGUCCGUCUCACCACCAUGUAGGACUGGCCUAAGCUGUUUAGAAUACUGAAAAGAGAAUUGUUAAUAUAUAAUAUUUCAAGAAUAUUAAUAUAUACGGUAUGUAUGGUGAGUUUAAGAAACCAGGGGAAACUUGUAUGUUGAGUCUACAUAUUUUUUUGGAUUAAAGAAACAACGUGGAAGGACAGACCUUUGAAAAGCAUUACAUUUGCCACUUCUUUCACUUUCUAAUUCGUCAUGGGGCGCAUUCAUAAGAGUGUGGAGCCACCUGGACUUUUAAGAAAGAGGACUGUUAAACUGUUGCUGAGUAAAAGACACAAUGUCAACUUUCUGACUUUUCAACAAAGGAUCAGCACUUUGAACAAGACUGUGCAGCUCCGCAGACUUUAUACUUUUUAGGAAAUGGUUUUACCUGUAUUAAUAAUGAAUAUCAAAAAGAAUCUUUAAAGUAUCACAAGUAAUAUAAUGUCAGUAUUUGGGAUCAUUCAGAGACGUGCUCGUGUGAACGAUGGAAGCGUAGGAGAUCCUAAUGGGUGUCUGCUUACAGGAUGUUUUCUUUUUUUUGAGGAAACAGCUGAGCAACCUUGACAACCUAAUAAUUAUUUGUGACUUUUUUCAUUGUCACAUCAGGACCGCGACUGUACUGUUUUACACAAACAUCAUUCUAUUUACCAAACUGGGUGCCAGCACCACAAUCGCAGCCAACUCCUCUUUACUGUAAGCAUCAGACACAACAUUGUGACUAUAAUGGGAAGAAGUAUCGGGGUAAUUUCAGACUGAAUUCUUAUGAAAGUUUCUUAUAAUAUAGCAAUGCAUGGUUUCACAUUUACAAGAAUUUACGGCUAAGAAACAAAAGGAAAGUGUUUUUAUUUUUAAGGCAGGUACACAGGUCAUUAAAACUGACAUCGACUGAACCUAACAGUGAUGUAAGCCAGUAGGGUGGGCAAUAUAAUGUAAUAUUUUAUCAUGAUGUGCGUGUACUGGAUCUUCAGCUCAAAAAUAUAGACAAAAUGUCUGUUUUGGUUAACCAGCAGAUGCCUGACAAAUCAAGGCACUUCAUCACAUUGAUGCAAAGAUACUGUUAAUCCAACAUUGCUAGAGAGCAGUAAUACUCACUAACAUGCGAGAAGAUGUAGUGCAGCCUACGGAGGUACUGAAGGCAUAUAUCCCUUUUCCACUGACACAGUGUUGGUUCACAGUAUUAAUAAAAGUAAUUGUUUAGUAACAGAAAACUGCUGGGCCUGCUGGUGUUAGUGGUCAUGGGAGGGGAAUGUACCAAAAACCACAGUUCUUAUCAUGGCCACUUGAGGCUGGCUCCAACAGGAGUCAGUUCCCAUAAACUCCCAUGUAUAAAAAAUUCAGCUUUACAACCUUAAUAAGCAUGUGUCCAGCUUGGUACAAAAAUGGUUUAGGCCUACAAAGAUAGAUUUUGGUAUUGUUGCAUUUUAUUUUUUGCUUUUAUUAACUCAAGGUCACUGCAUGACCUUCACCCUGCAUUGGAAUGAUUUACAACUGAGCGUAAAACAGCUGGGAUGAGUGUCAGCACCUCUAAGUGUGAGGUUAUGGUUCAUUCUCUGUUCAUCAGGAGGUGGAGGAUGAGAUGGAUUCGUUAAACAUCAGCAGCGAUGUGGGUGUUGUACUGGGCUGUUGUGGUGAAGAGAGAAGUUUUUUAUUCUAUGUUCCAACCCUCAUCCCUGGUCAUGAUAUCAAGGUAAUGACCGGAAGAUUAAGGUAGGGAAUACAAGUGGACGUUUCCUCUGCAGGGUAUCUUUGUUCAGCUUUAAAGAUGUGGUUGAGGUAAUUCGGAUAUCCGGUUAGGGGAUCACCUGGGAACUUCUUUCAAGCACACUCAACUGAUAGGUGACACCAGGGUAGACCCAGAAUCCAAUGGAGAGAUCUCACCUGACCUGGGAAGGUCUCAGGAUUUACCAGUCCAAACUGAAAGUGAUGCUGUGGAGAAGGACAUCUUGAAUACCUUUGCUUGCUGCCAUCAUUACAAAACCUUAAAUAAGUGGACAUGGAUGGAUGGAUGGAGGGACGGAGGGAUGGAUAAAUAUCUCCAUCUCAAUACAGGAGUUUAGGGGCGUAGCUGCUUUUCAUACCUUCACCCUCCAAAUAAAUAUCUGUCUCCAAAGAAAGGCAUGGUAGAGUGAAAAACCACAAUGACUCAAAUCUGUCACAAAGGUUCUCAAAAGACUCCAAGGCAGAACUGCCAGGAAUGCCAGCACCACAUUGGUGGAAAAGCAGUAACAGAUACCGUGGUAGAAACAUUUUUUCAUUGGUGUACCAUCAUAUUGCCCAUCCCUACACGCUAACAUCUCAAAUUACCCAACAACAUUUAAAUACAGUUUUUGUCUGCACUGAGGCUUGUCUGAACAAAUGUGAUUUUUGUGUUUGUAAAUCAGCACAUUAUAGAUCCAGUAUUUCUCUGUUUCUGCCCAUUUACCUAUCAUGUUAUGUUUGGAACAACUUGUUUGGAGCAGAUUUCUACAAUAAUUCUAGGAUCAGAAGUUGAACUGUUGGACUUUUUCAGACUAAAAGGAAAAGACUGUUCAAAAAAUUAUCACACUCAAAAACGAAUCCCUUUGAGCCUCAUUGUUGUUAAGUGAGACUCUAAUUUAUAAUAAGCCUAACUGGUCUGAUCAGCUUGUUGAAAGGCCACAGAGGGCUGAUGUCAUGAUGAUAAAACAAUGCUGUCAUGCUUUGCUCUGUUUGUAAAACUGUGAGAAAGAGAAAGAUUGAUGGGUUGGUGUGUUUGCUGGAUGGAAAAGUUGGAUUCCACCUUUGAAAGAUGCCCGGUGAUCAACAUGUAGUGUCUUAAAUGUUUGUUUGCCUUCCAAGGCUUUAAUAUUCUGUAACAGUUUAGCAUAGAAACAUCUAGAUGGCUGUCCGUAAUAUUUUUGUAUCUCAACAAAAAUACUUUUUAGAGUAUUGCUGUACUGUAUCUGUGAGGGAGGGAAGGUUUAAAAAAUCUCUUAUGUUUAUUGUUGCCAAAGAGAUGCUGUGUUUUUGGUCCAGAGGGGGUGAAGGGGGGGAAGUACAGUUUGUAUGUUUUCACCCCAUUGUGAGGACAGACAGGAAGCUCACUGGCCUUGAACCGAAGGCGCAAACGUGCGGGAGAAGCUUUGGUUGAGAUACUGUCAUAAUGUUUGCCCCCACAAUGACCUGGUCACAUCAUUACUUUCUGUACCUUCUAUCAAUUACAAAUAAAAUCUGGUUUACACAUGUUAAAA